GUGUCUAGUCCCCAUACUCGGUGAACGCGUCGAGCCGCAAGGAGGUCUGGCGUGUGUGUGCGAGAGCGCUUGCGUGCGUGUGUGUGUGUGGAGUUACUCUUUGCACUCAGUAUCAUCAUCUACUUACCCUCCCGCUGCUGCUGUUGCACCCUGAAUAUCCUCAACUGUUACCCUUGAGACAUCUGAUACCCUUAACGGAGUGAUCAACGGGUCGACCUGCUUGAUUGGUGAGAGGAGACUAUGCUCUGUGGCCAGUGAGACGUGUUUUCACAGCUGAAGCAGGAGGACACAGAUCCCCCAAACAAACCCGCCGAUCUUAACUUAAACCUAGAAGAAAAACACAGCGUAACCCACCACCUCGCUAGUCAAGAUAUAGUCAUUCCUCAACAACGCUCGGCCAAAAAAAAUACAUUUAAGACCAAUAAAAAAAAACUCCUUUUGCCACCAUCUGCUAUCAACAACCGCUACAAUCGUUCCCGAGGCCAUCAAUCACCUUCAACCAUCCUUUCCACGCAGUCAACCACCACCCUCACCACCGCAUCCAGGCCACAAGCCACCACAACCACCCUUCAGACGCCCUCAACAGCAGGCAUGAAUUCUGAGGAGUUCCGCAAGCGGGGGAAGGAGAUGGUGGACUACAUCGCCAACUACCUCGACACCAUCGAGAACCGCCGUGUAACUCCAGACAUCGAACCGGGUUACCUCAAGCACAUGGUGCCCCUGGAGGCUCCUCAGCACCCAGAAGACUGGGACAACAUCAUGCAAGACGUCGAGGAUAAGAUUAUGCCCGGGGUGACGCACUGGCAGCACCCGAGGUUCCACGCCUACUUCCCCUCCGGCAACUCCUACCCCAGCAUCCUGGGGGACAUGCUUAGUGAUGGCAUAGGAUGCAUCGGCUUCUCUUGGGCAGCCUCCCCCGCCUGCACCGAACUGGAGACCAUCGUGCUCGACUGGCUUGGCAAGAUGGUGGGCCUGCCCGAGGAUUUCCUGUCUUACAGUGAGAACAGCAAGGGCGGCGGAGUCAUACAGGGCUCGGCGUCCGAGUGUGUUCUGGUGUCUCUGCUGGCGGCGCGUGCACACACCAUACGCCAGCUGAAGAAGCAGCACCCGUUCGUGGAGGAGGGCGUGCUGCUCUCUAAGAUGAUGGCUUACUGCAGCAAGGAGGCGCACUCCUGCGUCGAGAAGGCCGCCAUGAUGGCCUUCGUCAAACUCAGGAUCCUCGAACCUGACGAGAACCAGUGUCUGAGGGGCUCCACGCUACAGCAGGUGAUGGAGGAGGACCGCGCCAUGGGCCUCAUCCCCUUCUACGUGGAGACCACACUUGGCACCACCUCCUGCUGCUCCUUCGACAACAUCGCAGAGAUCGGUCCAGUAUGUGAGGAGUACGGAGUCUGGCUGCAUGUUGAUGGUGCCUACGGCGGCAACUCUUUCAUCUGCCCUGAGCUGCGGGGCCCCAUGAAGGGCGUCCAGUACGCCUCUUCCUUCAACUUCAACCCGAACAAGUUUAUGCUGACAAAUUUUGACUGCUCACUCAUGUGGGUGAAGGACAGAUUCCGCCUGACGCAGGCGUUGGUGGUGGAUCCCCUGUACCUUCAGCACUCUUACUCAGAGAAGUCCAUAGACUAUAGGCACUGGGGCAUCCCGCUGAGCAGAAGGUUCAGAGCGCUCAAACUGUGGUUCGUGAUCCGGUCGUUCGGCGUGCAGGGGCUCCAGAACUACAUCCGCGAACACUGUCGCCUUGCCAAGCGGUUCGAGUCCCAUGUGAGGAAGGAGCCCAAGUUCGAGGUUGCCAGCCCCGUGCAUCUAGGCCUUGUCUGCUUCAGAUUGCGAGGGUCUAACCAGCUGAACCAGAAGCUGCUGUCAUCCAUCAAUGCCUCAGGGAAGCUUCACAUGGUGCCCGCCUCCCUCAACGACAAGUAUGUCAUCCGCUUCUGCGUGUGUCGUCAGACUGCUACUGACGAAGAUAUUGAUCACGCCUGGAACGUCAUCACACAGUUCGCUACAAACAUACAGGAUAUCAUGGCAGCCGAACUUGUCGAGAGGAACGAGAUGGAGGACACGGUGGAGAACAAGGAAAAAGCAGAGAAGGAGGCCGAGGAGAACACAGAGGACGUGUUCAGGAUGCUGGACGAAAAGAACAAGAAGAGUCUCAGAUACAAACGAUCGUUCUUCGUGCGCAUGGUCUCGGACCCUAAGAUCUACAACCCUAAGAUUGUCAGAAGUCUUCCCGGAGCCGGCACCACCAGACGCCACACUACCUCAGAUUCUUCAGACGAGUGCAACCUUCCCGUCAACUCCCCGACCAUUGACCAGGAUACCCUGACGCAGCUCCUGCAGCAGACCAACCUCAAGGAGGUCUUCAGUGAUAUUGAGACCAAGUACAAGUUCAUCACGAAGACCACCAGUGACCUCUCCGGCCGCCUGCAGGCCUGCGAGAACUUACUCAACACAAAAGAGAGUGAACGCCUCAAGUGACACGUGCGCCAAGGUCACGCAAGGUCAAAAAGAAGAUAAGAAGCUUAUGAUAAGGAGAAUCAAGAUAGUUCCGUGUCACGAGGUCAAGGACCUGGGUACGGAGGAUAUCAUGGGAUAUAACGUAAGGGCCAAGAGCCCAUGUCCUUGAACACCCACACACACACACCGCGGUAACUACCUAUCAAUACAUAUCACGACAAUCAACAAUGACUAUUCUAACGCAAUGCAAAAACAGUUUUCACAUGAACAUAUCCUUCCUUUUAAGCUGUUUUAUAUUUAAUUCUUAUCUCACGAAGUGUCCUUGUGCUGAUGACUGAGGCCUUCUGAGAACCACACGCUUUUCUAGUUGUUUUAUUUGUACUUGUGUGAAUGUUUAGUGACUUGCCUCUUAACAAAUGUAUUAUCAAUGUAUACACUCAAGAGUAUGAGGCUCCCCUCCACGUAUACCACUUCACAAGACCGUCUGGUACGAGUCUACAGUAAACCUGUGUAUACUUCGUCACUCCCGCCUCUCAUACACUGUCCGCUGUAAACUGUGAUAUAAACAAUAAAUGUAUAGUUUUUUUUAAACAACAAUUGUU